AUGGUCUAUGGUCUUCUACCCACCGGCGUUUUCUUUCUUUUGCUCUAGCUUGCAGAUGCAGAGCAAAAUGUGAAACGUGCGUUUUUAUUGUAAUAAAUAAAGGAUUAGUGUUGUUUAGAGUAACAAUCGUGGUUAAUUAUAAACCUUUAUUAACAUUAUAUGACCUAAAGCCUUACUUACUUCAUUACAUUGUGUUUGAUACUGGUGGUAGUGGUCGUGUUUCUUCGAGGACAACAGAACUACGAUGCAGUCAGAUUAAAUUCUGUUAUGGCCGCUCCAGUGCAUAACAUAAGGGAGAUGGACAUUGAGGAGGAUGUUUUGGAAGAUGAAAAGCAAGAUGAUGAGUUGCUGUCUGAAGAGAGUGAAAUAGAGGAGUUCCCUUCAGACGAUUCUUCAACUUCUGAAGGCAGUUCUAGUGAGGAAGACGAGCCGCCAGAGGAAGAAUGGGGUGCAAUGACCAAACAUCAUAAAUUCUUGUUCAUACUGGAGCCUUCAAUUAGUACAGCGAAGUUUAUAAGAGAAGAAUCAACAUUAUAUGAGCCAGUACUUGUUGUUAUUAGUGUGUUAGUGGAUAGCUUCAUGUGAAAAAGAAUUCACCAUGAUUGGUAAGUCUAUUAGCACUUGAUGCCAGCAGAAAAUGUCACAACCUAUAGUAUCUGAUUUACAGCCAUAUCCUUUAGGGUAUGCAUUUGAGGUAUGGAGAUGAGGGUGUUCAUAUCCACUGACACAAGUCCCACCAUUCUAGCAAUUUGUGCCAGGGCUUUUACAUUCCUAAGUUGUUUUAGUUUUAACUGUAUAGUCACAUCAUAGUAUAUUGCUUGAUAUCUAGUCCCUGUUUUUGAAUCUUUGAUCCUAAUUGUCAUCUUAUCUCCAGUUGCAGUAUUAAAACAUAUAGUUGAUCCAGUUUGAAUAUGAAUGGAAUAAACAUUGACUGAUGUACAAACUGCAGUAACACUAACUUUUCCAUUACUUGAAAGAUUUGAAUUUGAAGUUUUGUCACUAGUAUAUGCUGCUUGUAUGAAGGAUUGUGCUGCAAGACCUAAUGUUAGCAUCUUUGCAGUGUCAUAUGAAUUGUUAUGUUUCCUUUUGACUUUGAUAUUUAUGUCAGCACUGAAUCUAUUAGCAUCUUCCUCAUUUUGACAUAUUUCUUCAUAUAUUGGCUCAUCAUCAGUAACUUCUUUCCUUAUUUGAAGUCGUGAUUACCUUAUCAUAUUGAUUAACUCAUCAGAAGAUGUUACUAUAGUUCUAAAUAAGAUGUUAUUUUUCACUCCUGUCAUUUUAUUUUGUUCCAUUAUUCUUUUUUGUCUUGAUCGAUCAUUAAUAGUCAAAAAAUACCACACAGUUUUUUUGAAAAAACUAUUAAGUGUGUCUUGCGAGUCAACAUUAUUAUUAUUAUGAUCAUCAUAAUAAUCAUUAGUGAUAUUAUUACUGAUAUCACUGGUGUUAUCCAGUUGUUCUUACAUUUAUCAAAUUGCUGGUUGUAUGAGCAAUACAACCCACUAUACUUGCACUCUAGUUCAGAGAUGAUUGUUCCAUAAUCUGGUCCACAUUUCAUUUUUAUCAAUCCUAUCAUCAGAUUCUCAUGUAUAUAGUCAGUUCCAUUUAGCUUAACAUUGACCUUCUCCCCAUUUAUGUCAAGAAAGCAUUUGUCCUCAUUACUGAUAGUAAGCAAACCAUGAUCCACCUCAACUUUUCCCUUUAUUCUCACAAAGAGAAACAGAAGUGCUAGGAGUUUUAUCAUGUUGAAAAUAAUUCUUUGUUUAUAUAAAAUGUCCCUGCGCGCUGCUGAAGAGAAAUAAAGUAUUAACUAUUUAGUACCCAUAUAAUGGCAUGAGACGUGUCUCGACACGGAUGACUCUAUACUAUAAGGUCUAACAGAUGAAUUGAUUAUUAUUUGAAGGGCAACGUCUUUACCUGAAACCAGUUUUAUGACAUAUAGCUAGUCUAUUAAAGUUAACAUGUUGUGUCGGUAUCAACAUAAUGUGGAAGAAUUCACUUUGGCUCAACUCACUCUGGCGCAGAGCCGAAGCGUCGUGUCGCGUCCUGUUUUUCAACUACAACGCAUGACGACGCGACGACGCUUCUUAUUAGCGUGACCGGAUCACAGUGUGGUCGGCGUCUGACGUGUCACUGCGCGCAAGUAACGCACGGCAACCUGCGGCGACGCGCGGCGACGCGCGACACCGCUUGACUUUAAACAAGCCUAGACGCUGAAGGCGCGUGUCGUCGGCGUCGUUAAUGCGCGAUUCCAUAUUUGCAUAAUACAAAUUUGUACCUUAAUAAUGGGAAAAUAGAAAUGAAUAUGCUACAGGCGAAAAACAUGACAUGACGCGUCGCGACGUUUCGACUUUGCACCACUUUGAACUCACGCUGUUUGUGUACUGUUACAUACACUGUGAAAUUUUAAUUAUGGCAGAAAACAAAAUCCUUGUUUGUACGUUCGUUGGCUGACGGUAACUAUUUCGACGUAUGAGUACGAAGCAUACAUUUAAUAUCUUCCGAAAAUUAAAAUUUUACUGUGUAUAACUUUACCCUAAUAUGGUUUGUGUAUGUUGUUAUAACUUUAUACAUAUUACAUAUAGUAUAAAGUUCACAAAUUACAUGUAUCAUGUCCUGAUUUAAUGUGAAACAUUCAACUUGUAUUGUUGAAUAUUUAUUAAGGAAUGAGUGACAUUCAUUUAAUGGAUUCCUUUUUUAUAUGUAUGUACCUUAAAUACGUAACGGAUUAAAAGAAAUUUACUAUCGUCUCUCGUUACCAGUGAUCGGAAUUGAUGGAGUUAUUUAGCUAAAUUAAAGAAUAAUGUGGACAUUCCCGUUAACAAAUCCCGGAACUUCUCGGAACUAAAUAUACUUGAAUAUGCGUGUUAUUUAUUGGAAUUUAAUUAUUAUUUUCUAUUAAGUUAUUGCUACAAAUUAUUGUCUCAAAAAUAAUAUUGUAGUUGUGGUAAAUACUCAAUUCCAAUGACUGCUUAUUACUUAAUAUUUAUUUUGUAUUAAGAAUAACAAGAAAAUGAGAAAUACGUGCUGUAGGUUUUUUUGCAGACACGAUUACGUCUGGGGCGAUAUUAGACUAUAGCUGCCGAUUAAUUUAGUAAUUUGAUUAAACUGCUAUUUAUUUCCCCUAUAAAGUUAAUAGUUAAUACCAAAUAUUGUUUGUCUCUGAAAAAUGAUAACUCUUUAAAAAAUUAUACUUGUGUGACAAGUUCUUUAUAUAAGAUUGUUUAUGUAUUAAGUCUCUAGUUUCUGUUUUGUAGGAUAACUAUUAAAAGUUGAAAGACUGUGAGUCGGUCGUCAUGAUUAUUUAAAAUCUGAGAAGAUAAAUUCGAACUCUACAUAUUGAGGGAUUUUGAAGAACUACUGAGAACAGAAACGCAAACACAGUUACUCUAGACGUUUGAAUUGAUGGCGCUGGCAGCUUCAAUAUUAUCAAAAGACGGAACUUUUUCAUAAUUAUUCCGCAUUAUGGCGUCAAAAUUUCACAGCCUUGACAGUCUUUAUCCUCUCUUAUGAGGUCUUGUUAUUUUUUAAUAAUUGGGUUAAGGUUUGUUAAUGUUAGUAAUUUAUAAAAAAUGUAAUUUAUUUCUAUUUGAUAGUGCAAACUGUGUAAAUAGACAAAAGAUGACGUCACAGCGACAGUUGAGCUAAAUUAGCUGUCAAUUUUGAAUUGUAAAUGCGCUAUUAUAUAAAAUGACGCGAGGUAUGCAUAAUUUCCACCAAAAAAACAAAAUUACGUCAUAUUUUUAAUCUAUACGGUGUCCUAUAAAAUUUCAAGGCGGUAACAGGCACUAUUAACAGAGAAAAGCUAUUUUCUACGUACCAAAUUGAAAAAUUUCGUAUUUUUUUUUUAAGUCACUGAAAACUGUGUCACCCACUUUAAUAAUCCACUAUUUUUAGAACGUGAUACCAAACACUACUAUUUUAGGGGAGCUUGCUACAUAUAAUAAUAAUAAUUAGAUUCCUAAGAGUUUUUAUCUCCACGUACUUGGUACUUGGUGUAACGGGCUGGUGUCCGCAACUCGACGACAAGGCGCCUAUUUUAUCUCCAUGUAUAAGUGUUAUACGUUUUACAGCUGCGUUAGUCGCAGUUAAAUGUGUACAUUCUGUCAAAAUAUUCCAUUGGACGUUACCUUACGCUGUUACCUCAGGGUUUCAAUUUAUAAUAUCGAAUAAUGCACGUACUUCCUGUAUAAGUUUGCGUACUGUGUACCACGGUCAAUUGUCCGUAAAACCUUUAUAAGACGUAAUUUAUUUACGCUCAAAUGCCCAAACGUCCAUUAACUUUAAUGUUUCAUUAAGUGACACGUUGUCUCAAGUUUUGCUGACAAUAAAUUUGAAAACCUCGUAACUUCGUUUUUGGACGCAAUCCCUUUUUUUCUCUUGAAGCGCAUUAUAUGACAAUUAAAGCUCAAAUGUAAUUUGAAGGCUCUUUUGUAGUUAUAGACUAAAGGUAUAAUCAUACAUUUUCUUAUGAUUUUAUUAUUUCCGGUAAUUCUCUUUUUAUUAUUUCCGGUAAUUCUGUUUUUUGUGCCUACUCAAAAGUUCACAUUGAUAGUGGGUACGAGGUUUACGAAUUUCGCCUUAUUAUAUGUAUUUAGGUAGGUAUCAAUGCAGGUAAUAUUAUAUAUUGUGAUUGUCUAAUUUUAAGAUACAGAGUAAUAAAAGUUCUUGAAGACAUUGAUUUUUUUGGAAUUGUGUAUAUAUUCGUUUGUCUGCUGGUAUAGGUGUGGUCUGGUUUGCGUUUUAAGAUAGGCGCAAUCAUUCUAAUAACAAAAAUUUACUGCCACUAAAGCGUUUAGGAGUUAUAGCUGCCGGCCCUCAUCUCGUUUAUAUUGUAUGGAACCGAAUUUGUGUAAGCAUUAUGAACUUGUCAAUUACGUAACGUACAAACUAGAUGCUUUUCAUUACACUUGUAUCCCCGAAGGUGACAUGUGUAUUUGCCAGAACAACUUAUCAUUAUUAUCACGCGCCAAAAAACUGGUUACGCUGUCUUCUGUAUAGAUCUCGCGCGCUCGCGGUAAUUCCCGUAGGUACCGUAUCGUAUCUAGUUUGUACACACAGUACACUAUUGACAUUAAGUACAAUUUGACAUUAAGUAUUGACAUUAAGUUGCAGGCUGAUGUCACAUUACAUUUCCUUCAUAUUUCCAUACUGGCUUUUACCUAUUCUUAUAGUAAUGCAUCCAAAUUAACAUCCUUUAUAAGAAAUUUAAAAUAAAUAUAAAGUUUUGCCAUCUCCUGCAUAAUUACU